ACAUCAUACAUCCCAUUAUGCAAACAUGCUAGUCAUGGUGUUGGUGGAUCCAUCUAUCUUUGGGAUGUGAGAAUGGAGGUUGCUCUGUACUCAAUUCUGCUAACAAACCGCUGCUUUUUUAGGGAUUAAUCCGACAGUCGUGAGCUUCUCCUUCAAUUUCCAUCGUCUGUUCACAGCAUUCUCUUCUACUGGUCUCUGGUCACUCUCCUUAACCGGCCAUGGCGACGAUGCCAUGGACAUGGCUGUUGUUGUUACUUGCUGCUGCAGUGCACCUUUACAUGGUCUCAAGCGAUUCGCACGGUCAAGAUGUGGCAGCACUGCUAGCUCUAAGGGAUGCAUGGCAGCACACGCUGCCAAGUUGGCAUAAAUCAAAUGAUCCUUGCAAUUCGAAGUGGGAUGGGGUCUAUUGCACUGGUGAAAGGGUGACCGAAUUGAAAUCAUCAUCCAUAGGCCUUGUGGGUUAUCUCGGCGGCGACAUUGGGGGACUUACUGACUUGCAAAUCUUGGACCUUUCUUCCAACAAGGGCCUAUCUGGAUUCAUCUCUCCAUCGAUAAGCGGGUUGAAGAAAUUAAACACUCUGAUCCUGGCUGGCUGCAGCUUCACUGGCAACAUCCCAAAGGAAUUAGGAAACCUACAAGAACUCUCGUUCCUGGCUCUGAAUUCAAACAACUUCACUGGUCAAAUACCUCCUUCUUUGGGUAUGCUCUCCAAAGUUUACUGGCUGGACCUGGCAGACAAUCAGCUGACUGGAUCUCUCCCUGUCUCAACGUCAACCACCCCCGGGUUGGACCAUCUUCACAAUGCAAAGCAUUUCCAUUUCAGCAAUAACAAGCUAUUGGGUAAAAUUCCAGCCAAGCUUUUCAGCUCUGAAAUGAAGCUGAUACACAUACUAUUUGAUGGAAAUCAACUAACUGGGGAGAUCCCAUCCACACUAGGGCUUGUGCAAACCCUAGAGUUUCUGAAUUUAGCAAACAACCAGUUGACAGGCCCAGUACCUGACCUGACAGGAAUGACUUCUUUCACUUACAUGGACCUCAGCAACAAUUCAUUCAAUGUAUCAGAAGUUCCGGACUGGCUCUCAACCACACGAUCUCUCACCACUAUAAUCAUGGAAAACGGAGCACUUGAAGGUCCAGUCCCCAAAGAGCUGUUCAGCAUUCCACAACUGCUGCAAGUGAAAUUAAAGAACAAUGCAUUCAAUGGCACCUUGGACAUGGGUGAAAGCAUCAGCCCACAACUACAACUGGUAGAUUUGGAAAACAACCAAAUUACCUCCGUUACGGAGCAUCUCAGCUAUACAAAAACUCUAGAACUAGUCGGGAACCCACUCUGUACUUCCCCUAUGCCUGACUAUGAUAAGUACUGCCGGGACCAGCAAUCAUCAGCAAAAACCUAUUCAACCAGUCUGGAAAACUGUAGCAGUAUAUCAUGUCCCUCCGGACAGAGGCCAAGCCCUCAGAGUUGCCAUUGUGCCUACCCAUUCACUGGAACUCUGAUAUUCAGAGCACCUCCUUUCAGUGACUUGUCCAACAGCACGAGAUUCCAGUCACUGGAAAUGAAAAUGUGGAUGGAACUCAGCCUAACUCCAGGUUCAGUAUCUCUUCAGAACCUAUCCUUAGACAUGCAUCGCCGUCUCGUGAUGGACUUGGAACUCUUCCCUUCCAACGGAAAGUCCUUCAACUGGUCAGAGAUUCAGAGGAUCGGCUUCGCUCUUCACAACCAAAGUUUUAAACCACCCAAUGAGUUUGGACCAUACUCUUUUAUUACACCUCUAAAUUAUCCUUUCCCAGAGGGAAGUGGAGGGACUUCGAUAAGUUCAGGCAUAAUCAUUGGGAUAGCCAUCGGUUGCACUGUUAUGGUUCUCCUGCUAGUGGGAGUGGGGAUAUACACCUUCCGGCAAAAGAAACGGGCUGAAAGAGCCAUCCAAUUAGGCAGACCUUUCGCAUCUUGGGGUCUGAGCAGCGGAGACAGUGGCGGUGCACCACAACUAAAAGGUGCACGAUGUUUUUCUUAUGAUGAACUCAAAAAGGCCACCAACAACUUCUCAGAGAUCAAUGAGAUUGGAUCAGGAGGUUAUGGCAAGGUUUACCGAGGUAAACUUCUAGGUGGGCAGAUUGUGGCAAUCAAAAAAGCACAGCAAGGAUCCAUGCAAGGUGGGCUGGAGUUCAAGACUGAAAUUGAGUUGCUUUCUAGGGUUCAUCACAAGAACCUUGUCAGUCUCUUGGGUUUCUGUUUUGAGAAUGGUGAACAGAUGCUGAUCUACGAAUAUGUUCUAAAUGGAACACUAAGCCAAAGCUUGUCUGGGAGAAAUGGCAUCCAUCUGGAAUGGAAGAGGAGACUUCGUAUUGCUUUAGACUCAGCAAGAGGAUUAGCUUAUCUUCACGAACUCGCCGAUCCUCCCAUAAUACAUAGAGACGUCAAGUCUGCUAAUAUUCUUUUGAAUGAAAAUCUAACUGCCAAGGUUGGAGACUUUGGCCUGUCAAAGCUAGUAUCAGAUAGCAGAAAGGGACAUGUUUCUACUCAAGUUAAAGGCACAUUUGGUUAUCUCGAUCCUGAAUAUUACAUGACUCAACAACUGACAGAUAAGAGCGACGUAUACAGCUUCGGUGUGGUUAUGCUCGAGCUGAUAUCUGCGAAGAAGCCAAUAGAGAAUGGCAAGUAUAUUGUUCGGGUGGUCCAAAUGGCAAUGGAUAAAAAUGAAGAAUACUACGGCCUGAGCGAGAUAAUGGAUCCUUCCAUUCGGUAUGCAACCAAUCUCAUUGGUUUUGGGAGGUUUUUGGAGUUGGCCAUGCAAUGCGUCAAAGAAUUGGCUGCGGACCGUCCAACAAUGAGUGAGGUGGUGAAGGAAAUCGAGACCAUACUGCAGAAUGAUGGGCUGAACACAAACUCAGCUUCCGCAUCUUCGUCUGCCACGAACUUUGGGUUCAUGAAGGGUUCAGUGCACGAUCCUUAUGAUCAAACUCUACUAAAAAAGGAUGAAAAUAGCGAUGCUUUCGACUACAGUGGUGGGUACGCAUUAUCGGCCAAAGUCGAACCCAAGUAGCAUAAUUUUUUUUCUUACUGCUAUUAUAUUUGUUUGCAGAAUGAAAACUGCAAAACCAUAAAAUGGUAUUGUAUUUGUACCCUUGCAUCUGAAUUGUAUCUCAAAUGGAACUGAUUUCCUUUUUUCC